UGGGCAUAAAAGCAAGUGAGGCGAUGUACAAACCGGACAUAAGCUUGGAUGUGUUGGUCCUGGGCGCCACCAUUGAUGAUGAUAUGACGAUAGUUAAACUAUUAUCCAUUGGGGAUGAAGAUCAUUGGUUGUCAAAGUAGAGCUUGGAGAUUUACAAUGGUUAACCAAAUUGAUAGAAUGCUGAGGAACUGAAGGAGAUUUAUUCCCUUGACCUGUCGCCUCUUUUUUUGGUUGGCCAUUAAUUCACUUUGUUCAUUACUAUAUAUGGAAUCAACGGAUGAUAAAUUGGUAACUAUAAUCCUAAGCAGACUUCUCUAGCCUAAGUUUGCAUACGUCAUUUCAAUGACAUCAUAUAAACAUUUGAAUAAUCAAUCUUACUUACAUAAAGGAAAAUAAUUGAACAGACAAGUUCAUCACCUCGUGAGUGACAUGGAAGAAGAUAACUGCUAACAUAUUUUUCAUUCAGGGUUAUACUUUUCUAAAUACUAAUACCACUUGAAUUAAAAUGGAAGAUUUAUCAUUUGGCCAUUAAAAUAUAAGCAUUCCUGGUUUAGUGGCUAUUACGCUCCUUGUUAGAUCAAUGAUGUUUUUGAUUUAACUAAACUUUAUAACAUUUUUGGCUCUAAUGUAAUCAUACAAAAAAAAAAUUGUUUUUUCUCCAAGAAUAAUUAAAAAAUACUAAUAAUUUUCCCGUAUAUAUAUACACUCUCGACGGGACCCAACUUUUGAAGCGUACAAUCUUUUUUUUUCUCUAACGUUUUCAGACAAGACUCUCCAACAUCUGUCCGAAAUGCAGACGAGCCGGUUACUCUCUUACUCCCCCAACUCUCCUAGUUUCGACAGCUUUUCUUCCGCCGUAGACCUCGCCGCAAUCGCCGCCCGAGUCGUCCAGGAACUCAGAGACCAGGAGCAACAAUUCGACUUCCACCGCGACGACGACAAUGACUUCGAGUUCGCCUUCGACUGUCCAAGCCGCAGGUGUUCCCACCCCAUCGCUACCGCCGACGAGAUUUUCUACGACGGUAAGAUCCGUCCGUUGAAUCCGUACGGUGGUGGAACUGGAAAUGCUCCGGUGUCUCCGCCUAAGAGUACUCUUCCACGACGUCACAGACCGGCGCUUAGGAAAUUAAUGAGCGAGGAGCGAGACACGACGUCGGAUUCUUCCUCGGAGGCGGAGGAGGAUCUCACCGGCGUUGCGCCGGAGAGUUACUGCGUGUGGACACCAAAAGGCGGUGACGACGAUCUCCAAGAACUCUCGUCGCAGAGCAAGAUCAAAAGCAAUAGCGUAGGACUCUCGAAACGAUGGAAUCUCAGGAAUCUUCUUUACGCGAGAAGCAGCAGCGAAGGGAACGGUGAAACCAACUCUGAUCACAGAGAAGAAGAAGAAGAAGAACCGUCGUCCUCGGUGGUCGGAGAGAAAAGCGAAGAGACGAAACGACAGACGUUUGGGCCGUUUAAUAAGGAUAUGAUGGGAAUAUUGAAAAAUUUUAAUGGGCUUAGUCGUCAUUUACGGCCUUUUUAAAAGGUGACGUGGCUCUUUCGUGACAGAGACAACCACAUCGAAGACGCGGACUUUUAAGUGGCCUUCGGUUUCUUUUUGACUUUUUAUUUUCUCUCUCAAACUUUUUCUUUUGGUUUCUGAGAAAAUCUCGAGUGUUAAUUAGGCGAGAAAGGGCAUGUUUUGAAUUUUUUUAUAGUAUGAACCUCGAUGUGUCGGUUUGGAUUAGGUAAAGUUUUGGUGGUUUGAUGGUUGUGAACUUGUAAUGGAGACUAUGGUUUUAUACAUUUUAUUCCAACACAUAUAUAAAUAACUAAGUUCAAAGUCGA